AUGAUCUCGCGCUCGCGCUCGCGUAGUCCAAGUCUAGAAUCUAACACAGAAAUCGACUCAUUACGCAGAGACCACCAGCAUAAUGCUCCCAGCGAUGGACCUAAACCACUUGAAAGCUCGAACGAAUCUGGAAUAUCACCUGGUGUACAGUCAGACAGCCGAAUGAAUUUGACCUUCGACACACCUUUGCCAUCGACCAUCAGUGACAAUUUGAAUCUCAAUAAUUACGACUCCCCGUUCAGGUGGUCGCGAAACCGCAAGAACAUAUGCCUCAUCCUUUCUUGCGCCGCAACAUGGGCAGCUGCCUACAGCGCAGGAUCAUAUUCCAUCGCCUCGGGACCUCUCACUGCCAAAUUUAACAUAUCUACCGAGACAUUUCAAACUGGUGUGACAACAUGGUGUGUUGGUUUUGCGGUAAGCCCUAUGUUUCUUGCACCACUGUCCGAACUCAAUGGGCGAAGACCGGUGCUCUUGUUCAGUGGAUUCAUGUUCUUCGUUGCACAAAUCGGGUGUGCACUCACAAACAGCUUUGCGGGCAUGCUUAUUGCUAGAUUCUUCGUUGGUGCUGGGGCCAGUACAUUUGCAACAAUUAUAGGGGGAGUGGUGAGUGACGUUUACCAUGCCGAGGAACGCAACACACCCAUGGCGUUGUACUCUGCGUCUGCAUUGGCAGGUACGGGUUUUGGACCUCUACUAAGUGGUUUCAUCAUUGGUCGGACGACCUGGAGAUGGGUCUUCUGGCACCAAGUCAUCAGCUUAGGCAUGAUCAUGGUCGCCAUAGCCGUACUGUUUAAAGAGACGAGAGGGUCGGUGCUAUUGAGUCGGAAGGCGAAGAAGAUCAAUAAGUACUUGGACAAGUUGCAGCACGAGCAGAUUGGGGACUGCAUCUCCUCGUCUGAAAAGACAGGACCACAGUCGAUGGAUCUCAACGUACGCUACGAAGUUGCGGCUGACGCAUCUCGCAAAUCCUUGGCACAUCUACUCUAUUUGUCACUUACCACUCCAUUCAAGCUCCUCGUGACUGAGCCAGUCGUGUUUGCGUUCUCCCUGUGGGCCGCCUUCGCGUGGGGUUGUCUCUACAUGCAGCUCAACGUCUUACCUCUCGUCUUCGAGACCAACCACAAUUUCAAUACCCAACAGCAAGGAUCAGUCUUCACCACUCUCAUCGUAGGCACACUACUAGCUGCAGCAUUGUCCAUCGGCCAGGAAUCAAUUGCUCGAAAGCACUUUCCGAAACUGCUACAGGCUCCGGAAGGACGUCUAUACUUUGCCUGUCUCGAGGCUGCAUUAUUGCCCAUCGGCCUCUUCUGGUUUGGCUGGACAUCAUACUCUUCUAUACACUGGAUUGUCCCCUGCCUCGGUAUUGGCUGUGCCAUGAUGGGGAUAUUCUCGAUCUACCUUGCUGUUUUUAAUUACCUUGCUGAUGUUUACCAUCGGUAUGCAAGUAGCGCUUUGGCUUGUCAAAGUUUCUGUCGGAACAUUUUGGGGGCUGUGUUUCCUCUCUUCUCACGGAUUCUGUUCACAAGACUAGGGUUUCCGGCAGCGAGCAGCUUAUUGGGUGGUGUGGCGGUGCUGUUAACGAUUGUACCAUGGAUACUCGUAUUCAAAGGUGAGACGAUAAGAGCGAAGAGUAAAGUUGCAAGUGAAGUUAUGAAGAUAUAUGCUGCGAAAGAAGUUCCUGAGAGCCAGGACUUCCUUCAGAUCUUCAGAGGCCGCUAUCUGCUGUACACUCGGAUCACGAUCGUACUCGAAACGCUUCACACAUAUCUUAGAAGAGUCAUGUCCUCUCCAGCGACUUUGCGCACCACAGACUCAACCAGCGACCCUGAACUUCAAAUCAACGGCGGUGCCAGCGAGCUCCGUACAGCGGAGCGUUCAGCUCAGGGAACCAUCACGCUGAGACACGAUGCCACUGCUCACAGUCCGUCAGUACGAGCGCCUGUCGCACACGGUAUUUCAGCAAAGCCCAGGAAACCACUCAUUACCUUGUCCAAGCAUGCCGGAAAGAGCGUGAAGAGUAUUUCAGCGAAGCAAUAUAUCGACGAAGAGGAAUGGGGGGACAUGGACGAAGGCGAUACAUCAGAUGAAGAAUUCACUUUGGUCGAGCACGAUGAUGCAGAAGCUCUGAUGAUAUACGACAGUCAAAGGCUACCAGUCGAAUAUGCUUAUGGCAGUCUCCUCCAAACGCGACUAUGUACAAAGAUUUUGCGUGGAGAUCCCUGCAGACAGUGCUUGCCACCUGUGACAGCACCUGGUGUGAUCGACGAGCAAUCUAGUGGAAGCGAUGAGCAUGUGAGGUGGGCGGAUAAUACUCAACGAUGUGAUGUGCAAUCGAGCAAGUAA